UUUCCCCUCCCUUUAUAUCCCACCUCAGUUUCAUUCAUCAUCGCCACUUCAACAAUGCCCAAAUCAUCAGCUUUUUUCUUCCUUUUCUUCUUCUUCUUCUUCUUCUCCUCUUUGUCUUCCAUUACAGGAGGAACUUUAGCGACGACUAACGGGACUAAUGGACGGCAACAGCAGCAGAAAACAUGGUGUGUGGCGAAGCCUUCGUCGGACCAGGCCGCUCUUCUAGCAAAUAUCAAUUACGCAUGCGCUCAUGUGGACUGCUGGACUUUGCAGAAAGGUUGCCCGUGCAGUUCCCCUGAUAAUCUGAUGAACCACGCCUCCAUCGCCAUGAAUCUCUACUACCAAGCUUAUGGACGGAACCACUGGAAUUGUGACUUCAGGAACUCUGCUCUUGUUGUCGUCACAGAUCCAAGUUAUGGUAGCUGCAUCUAUGCUUAGAAUUUGGGGUUUCGUUUGUCAGUAUGAUUGAUUCAAUCUGGAAGGAACAUUCUAAUUCAAGUAAGAAAUUAAAUAUUCUUGAAGAUAAAAAUGUUGGUCCUGUGAAGAAGUAAUAUGGUUUUAGGGUAUUUUAGUUGUUAAAUAAUUAUGAGUUUACAUUGUAAUCCUUUUACUAGACAAAGAAGCAGGUAAGUCCUUCUAGCCCUUUUGAUGCCUCCUCUUUCAUUUUCUUCUUAAUUUUAGUGAAGUACCAGAAUUUAUGUUUUCCUUCUUAGAUGUACAUUUAAGAUUCAAUACACAAGUGGGAUUACAUUAUUUAUACAUUUAUAUAAUAAAAUUAUUUCAUAUA